UAUAAAAAAUAUUAUUUUCUCUUUUUGAAACAACUAAAGGUCAACUAUCUCAAAUGACCCGGAUGAGAUCGUUUUGACAUAACAAUGCUUUCAUGCUAACCUUUCUAGCAUAAGGGAAACACGAUUAAGACAAAACAGUAUAAAACAAAUUAAAGUAAGGAUUUACUGCUGAAUACGACGAGAUGUUUUAUCAUAUUUCUUUGGAGCAUGAAAUCUUACUACAUCCGCGGUAUUUUGGUCCAAACCUGCUCAACACCGUGAAGCAGAAACUCUUUACGGAAGUGGAAGGUACCUGCACUGGCAAGUAUGGUUUUGUCAUUGCUGUCACAACUAUUGACAACAUUGGGGCAGGUGUGAUCCAGCCAGGUAGAGGAUUUGUUCUCUAUCCAGUCAAGUACAAGGCCAUCGUGUUCCGCCCAUUCAAAGGAGAAGUGGUGGAUGCUGUGGUCACGCAGGUUAACAAGGUUGGCUUAUUCACAGAAAUUGGUCCCAUGUCCUGCUUCAUCUCUCGCCAUUCCAUCCCUUCAGAAAUGGAAUUUGAUCCCAACUCCAACCCACCUUGCUAUAAAACAGUUGAUGAGGACAUUGUAAUCCAGCAAGAUGAUGAGAUUCGACUGAAGAUUGUGGGAACACGAGUGGACAAGAAUGACAUUUUCGCCAUUGGAUCUCUGAUGGAUGAUUAUUUGGGUCUUGUGAGCUGAUUUCUGCCAGCUGUGUGCACACCUCCUCCAACAAUUUAUGUUCAUGAUUUGUAUUCAUGCCAUGCUAGGAUUUGACAAAUCCCUUGCUAGUUUUUGUAAUACAUUAAUAUUCAUUAUUUUCAAUAAGUAGAACUUUGUGAAUUGGUGUCAAGAAUUUUGGUUCUGCAUAUUAUUUUAAGUAUAAAAUUUGGUUUUAGUAGAUCUUAAAUUCAAUUACAGUUUUUUUCUUUUGUACUUUGCAAUAAACUAUUGUAUUUGUUCAUUUAA